AUGUCCAGUAAUUUUUUCAGUGAACUCUGUUGCCUGUUUUGUUGUCCGCCAUGCCCGGGGAAAAUCGCGGCUAAGCUUGCAUUCCUGCCUCCUGAACCCACGUAUGCAUUUACACCUGAUGAAACGGGAUCAAAAUUUUCAUUGACGCUCACUGAACGUGCAGAAUGGCAAUAUUCAGAACGAGAAAAAGAAAACAUUGAAGGUUUUUACUCUAGAACUACGCGAGGCAAUCGUAUUGCUUGUCUCUUUGUUCGCUGCAGCCCUAAUGCUCGUUUUACGAUAUUGUUUUCUCAUGGUAAUGCAGUAGAUCUUGGACAAAUGAGUAGCUUUUAUUUAGGUCUAGGUACUAGAAUAAACUGUAACAUAUUCAGUUAUGACUAUUCUGGUUAUGGUGUGAGUGGGGGAAAGCCUUCAGAGAAGAAUUUGUAUGCGGAUAUUGAUGCUGCAUGGCAAGCACUUCGGACUCGUUAUGGCAUCAGCCCAGAGAACAUUAUUCUGUAUGGUCAAAGUAUUGGUACAGUGCCAACAGUGGACUUAGCAGCCCGUUAUGAGGUGGGUGCAGUGGUAUUGCACUCUCCACUCAUGUCUGGCAUGCGAGUGGCUUUCCCAAAUACCAAGAGAACAUGGUUUUUUGAUGCUUUUCCUAGUAUCGACAAAAUUCCUAAAGUGACCUCACCAGUUCUUGUCAUCCAUGGAACUGAGGAUGAGGUGAUAGACUUUUCACAUGGACUGGCCAUUUAUGAGCGGUGUCCUCGUGCUGUUGAACCUUUAUGGGUUGAGGGUGCUGGCCAUAACGAUGUGGAACUCUUCAACCAACUACUACUCAAGGUGAUGACCAAAAUCCUGGCCGGCCCCAACAAAUCUACAAACGUGAACGGCUCCCUCAGCCCGCACAACUCGCGGGAGGGCGACAAGCGUUCGGACAGCAACGAGCCCGAAUCCCAGCCGAGGGUGGUGCACAACAUCAGUAUCAGCGUGACGGAUGCGGAUUCGCCGGCGGGCGUACGGCGGCGCGUGCACUUGCGCUCGCUCAGCGACGUGACGCCGGCCAGCCGCACGCCCGUGCAGCGCGCGCGAUCGCACUCGGAGCGGCCGCGCGCCUCGCCCGCCCCGUCGCCUGCGCGCUCGCUCGCGCUGUCGCCCACGCCAUCACCGUUGCGGGCCGCGGUGACGCGUAGCGAGCGCUCGUCGCCGGACGCGUCGCUGCGCGAGGCGCGGCCGGUGGGCGGCGACCCGUGGCGCAAGAUGAGCGAGGUGGACUUGAAGAGCGCGGGGCGGGCGCGCGCCGACCCGUGGGUGAAGAGCGCGAGCCUGCGGCCCGGCGACGCGGCGCGGCGGCGCGCGCGCGGGCGCCUGGAGCGCGCGGCGCCGGUAUGCGAAGGCGUGCGGCCGCUCGGCCUGCGAGUGCUGGCGCGCGCGCUGCACGUGCUCGCCGCGCGCCACCCGCCUGGCGCCGCGCGCCCCACACCCCCGCAGCGCGCGCACUCGGACGACGAGACGCGCCCGCGCCGCCUCUACAAGUCCGCCUCGCAGGCCAUAUGCUCCUCCACGGAGGAGCGCGCCAAGCCCGCCGAUCCCCUCCUCGAGACUACGUGCUGA